CGACUGCUUCCGAGGUCAUGUGCCCGGGAGGCGCGCGUCUUCAGGGUGGAAGCCGGGCGCACGUCCGGAGGUGCCAACCAGCUCAAACUUUGGGGGAAAUGACUCCCAUCUGCCCUCGCCCCGCGCUCUGCUAUCAUUUCCUUCCAUCUCUGCUUCGCUCAGCGAUACAAAACGCGACAGGCGCACGGCUGAGGGCCGAGGCAGCGGGACUCUCCGAGCCAGGCCAGCCCCUCGGCCGCGCCGCGCAGCACGGGAGGCCCCGGCCGCUGUCCAGCGCUGGCCGCCUGAGCCGAGGCUGCCGAGGAGCCAGUACAGUCGGGGGCGCGGGAAGGGCCUGCUUCCUAAGACUCGGGGAUGCCUGGCGCUCUGAGACACCCGCCGUUUCACCCAGCAAGCGGGCUCGGCCCGCGGAGGAGGGCGUCAUGCAGCUCCGCUUUGCCAGGCUCUCCGAGCACGCCACGGCCCCCACGCGGGGCUCCGCUCGGGCCGCGGGCUACGACCUGUACAGUGCCUAUGAUUAUACAAUACCACCUAUGGAGAAAGCUCUUGUGAAAACAGACAUACAGAUAGCGCUUCCUUCUGGGUGUUACGGAAGAGUAGCUCCACGGUCUGGCUUGGCUGCAAAACACUUUAUUGAUGUAGGAGGUCUUCUAGAGGUCCACUCCAGACCCUGCUUGCCUGUGAAUCACCUAUGGGCUGCAGAACAGCAAAGAUUGCUGCCUGUUUCUUCCUCUGCUGGUGUCAUAGAUGAAGAUUAUAGAGGAAAUGUUGGUGUUGUACUGUUUAAUUUUGGCAAAGAAAAGUUUGAAGUCAAAAAAGGUGAUCGAAUUGCACAGCUCAUUUGUGAACGGAUUUUUUACCCAGAAAUAGAAGAAGUUCAAGCUUUGGAUGACACCAAAAGGGGUUCGGGAGGUUUUGGUUCCACUGGGAAGAAUUAAAAUUUAUGCCAAGAACAGAAAACCAGAAGUCAUACCUUCUUCUUAAAAACAAAAAAUUUUUGCUUAAAGUGUUUUGGUGUUUUGUACUUCUGUAAACUUAAUACCUUCUAAAAGUACUGCAUUCUUUAUUUUUUUUUUUUUUAUGAUUAAAGAAAUUUUGUUUUUUUAAAGAAACUUUGUUUUUCUGCAGUUGAUGGUUGUACGUAAAUCUGCUUUGUGGUUACCUGAUGUAAACAGUAUCUUAAAAUCAAAUGUUCAUCGAUUACAGAAUAAAAAAUACUAUUGUUUAACUCAAAUAAUACCCAUUGAGCAACUUAUUUUGCUUUAAUUGCUUUAAAUCUUAAGCAAUGCUUUUUAUUCAGCAAACUAAAUUCUUUCACAGGUAUAAAAUAUCGCAGAAGCUGAACUAAAAGAACUAAAAAUGAAUAGGAGAGAUUAAAGUUAUUUCUUCUUCUGUUCUCUUCAGUAGUCUAAGAACUUUUUAAUCUUAAGAUUCUUUGUGAUGAGGAUGAGAAAAGAAUCCUCAGCUUAUUUCUCCAUUAUUAAUCUUUGUUUUGAUAAAUCCUCUAUUGACUGGGUAGAGGUGUGUUUGUGAAAGACAUGUAGCUUGGGAUUUGUUACCUUUGGUUUGUUCCCCUGAAUUUCGUCUCAUUAGGCAAAUUAUACUAGUUAAUGAGUUUCCCUCAGGGAAGUAGCAAUAGGCCGUAAUCAAGAAAAUAUGCCUUUUAUAGGGAUAAGAUACAUAACGUAUACUUCGGCUACCAGGUUUUUCCAUCUCACAUGCAUAGCUUGAAUAAAUACAUACAAGAAGCAUGUCAUUGCAGAUAGGGGACUGAGUCUGUGACCUAGCUUGAUUAACAUCUUUUGGCAGUUUCUGCUAAUGUGCUUUCUUUUCUUUACUGUAUUUUUCUGAUUCCUUUGUAUCAGGGUUUUGGGUGUCACUUAGGUUUUGUCCAUGAGAUUCUGUGAGACACCAUACAUCGUUCUGAGGAUGUGGGUCAUAUUCAUGGAGUGCUUCUGGAGCAAUCAGCUCGCUCGGCCACCCAGUUUCUGGAAGCACAGGCUAGUGUUUCUUCUUUGCUGGUGAUUCUUCAGGCCAUUUAAUACCCUGCAGUGUAAUUGUUUAUCUGUGGGUCACAAUUCAUUAAUGAGUCGUGAAAUCAACUCAGUGGGACAUUGCCAGCAUUUUUGCUUACUGUGUUGGGCUAAAAAUUAUUUCUAUUGUCAAUAAAAUUUAAAUAUUUUUCUCCUGAA